AUGAGCAUUAGACUACCGAAGGAUACCAUUGCUCGUAUAUUUCAAACAUGCUCAUUUCAACAUGAUUCUACGAGGAUUACUGAAAACACACUCUCACUGAUGGACAAGUAUAUGGAACUAUUUAUUAGAGAAGCGGUUCUGAGGUCAAUCGAAAACAAGGAGCAAGUAAAACAGGAGGACGAUAACCAGAUAGAUGACAGUAUCGUGCUGACCCAUAAAGAUUUAGAAAAGAUUUCAGGGUUGCUACUGCUGGAUAUGUAA